CGGAAGGCUAUAGUGGAGAUAGGAAAUGCUCCGUUUUGGUGGUUCCGAGUGGCUUUGGAUUUUAUCUGUGAUCAGCCUGUUAUCGGUGGCAUUGCCUCACGAGAAAGAGCAGACAUACCUCGAUGAAGAUAUUUUGCGAGGAUUGUUUCCCAAUGUCUUUAAUCUCGCAGCAACCUCUGUUAUCACAGUUAAUGCCACCUGCGGAGAAGCUGGUCCGGAAGUGUAUUGUAAACUUGUGGAACACGUUUACUUAAGAGAAAAUGUUAACACUAAACGUAGUAAAGAAUCUCAAGAACAGUGUGGAGUAUGUGAUGCAAGAAGUUCUGACAAAAAGCAUCCGAUUGAAAAUGCAAUUGAUGGAACUAAUCGUUGGUGGCAGAGCCCUACUCUUCAAAAUGGGAAACAGUAUGAAUGGAUUACCAUCACAUUAGAUUUAAAACAAGUUUAUCAGAUAACCUACAUCAUAGUAAAAGCUGCUAUAUCUCCACGACCUGGCAAUUGGAUAUUAGAGAGAUCAUUAGAUGGCAUCAUAUACAAACCAUGGCAGUAUUAUGCUUUGACCGAUAGUGAAUGCUGGGAAUCCUAUGGCAUAAGACCUACUGUUGGAAAACCACAUUAUAGAACUGAUGAUGAAGUUAUAUGUACAUCAUAUUACUCUAAAUUGAAUCCACUGGAAAAUGGUGAAAUUCAUACAUCUUUGGUUAAUGGAAAACCAGGUGUGGAUGGUCCUAGUAUGAAACUUAUGGACUUCACCAAAGCUAGAUAUGUGAGAUUGAGACUUCAGAAAAUUCGUACUCUGCAUGCAGAUUUAAUGAGUAUGAAAACUGACCCUGAAAGCAUAGAUAAAUCUGUCACCAGAAGAUAUUUUUACUCCAUUAAAGACAUUUCUGUUGGGGGCCAGUGUGCUUGCUCUGGACAUGCAGCUAGUUGUGAAACUGAUCAGAAAACUGGAAAGUUACAAUGUAAAUGUGAGCAUAAUACUUGUGGAGAGAAUUGUGACAGAUGCUGUCCUUUAUACAAUCAGAAGGCUUGGAAUCAUGGUACUAGUGAUGAUGCUCAGAUAUGUGAAA